UGCGCCACCAACGCAGCGGGGGGCGGCAGGCUGCGGGCCUUCCUCUUGCCGGGACCGCACGCUGCAGGAAAUUCCAGUGAUUCGGAAGAAGAAGACCGGAGUAGCAGCAGCAUAGAAAAUCAGGCCAUCCCGAACUCUCACAGGGUGCCAGAUUCCAAAUCACAUCCACCGCACAUCAAAAUAGAUAUCAUCAGGAAAGUGGAAGCCAAAAAUACGCAGCGCUAUAAAGUGGAAUAUGAUUCACAGAGCACAGAUACACUGAAUUUCUCUUCUGAAUCCAAACAAGAGACUGAAUACGGUCCCUGUCGUAGAGAAAUGGAAGACACUUUAAACCACCUAAAGAUCCUGAAUGUCUUGAGUCCCAGGGGUUUUCAUAUUCCAAAUUGUGACAAGAAGGGGUUCUACAAGAAAAAGCAAUGUCGCCCAUCCAAAGGCCGAAAGAGAGGUUACUGCUGGUGCGUGGAUAAAUACGGACAGCCACUUCCCGGAUAUGAUGGGAAGGGAAAAGGAGAUGUCCACUGCUAUAACUUGGAAAGCAAAUGAGGGCUG